UGCUGCGCCAAUGGGUUGAGGACAUGGAGGAGGUGGCCACCCAAAUAUUUCUUCUAACAAAUCUAACAGCGUUAGUAUCGAGGGAUGAAAAAGUUAUAUGAGAGGGUAAGACUAGCGAUUUAUUUGUCCGUAUUCCGUAAGAGGAGCGAAUGUUGGAGGCUUGGGAAGCAAAGGAGUCGUCCAGGGGGCCAAAGGGCAAAGGGGGUAGUGGGCUGAGAAUGGCGGCACCGUUGUUGCACCCACGUGAUCACUUUGUAUAAAAUCACCAAGGAGAGGCUUAAUCAAGAGUUUUGGGGGCUUUUCUUUUGGUGGGUUUUGUUUUUGGGUGUUUGUUUGAUGGGAAAAUUGAAGUGAUUUUGGAAAUGGGAAGUGGAGACAAGGGUGGGUUUUUGGAACGGUGUGAUGUUAGUUUGGGUUUGAAGAUGCAGAGUAGUGAUUGUAAGAGGAUGAUGUUGAUGCCUCACCAAUAUUCUUGUCAUUAUCAAUGUGAUGGCAGCGGUGGUGGUGGUGGUGAUGGCGGUGGAGGUGGUGGUGAUGGCGGUGGAGGUGGUGGUGGUGGAGAUGGUGGGCCCAUAUUUUGUAACACAAGUAACCUGGUGGCGUCUAUGAGUGAUAUAUACGAUGUUGUCGGCGCUGGUGCUGGUGCUGGUGCUGCAGUACCAAGGACUCUGCACCCUUUUACCACUGAUACUUCCAUCUUCAAAUCCACUGGAGGAAUGGCGGCUUCUCUGAGAGUUCCUUUUACAGCAGCUCAGUGGCAAGAGCUUGAGCGGCAGACUAUAAUCUACAAGUACAUGAUGGCUUCUGUCCCUAUUCCACCUGAACUCCUCAUACCCAUUAGCAGAAGCCUCUCAGAUGUGACUGCUUCCCACUCUAAUCGUUCUCUGGAUUUGCGGUUCCCGAACAGCUCGGAUCCUGAGCCGUGGAGGUGCCGGAGAACAGAUGGGAAGAAAUGGCGGUGCUCGAGAGAUGUGGCACCUGACCAGAAGUACUGCGAGCGACACACUCAUAAAGGCCGACCCCGUUCAAGAAAGCCUGUGGAAUUGCAUUCCGAGUUAAUCAACAACUCCGCCACCACCACCGCCACCACCACCAGUAGCAACAACAAGCAGCCACUUAACCUUCCAGCUGACACCACCAAAUCCUUUCAAGACAGGUCUCAUCUUCUGAACCAAACGGAGGGCCACCACACAUCUGCCUUCACAACCUUGGCGUCUGCUCCACCAUACGGCCAAGUCAGGUGCCCGGAGUGGUUCACAAAAGGAGACACAGUCCACCAACAAUGGCAGCAACUCAUGCUGCAGUCCAAGCAUGGAGUGAAGAGGAACAGCCCCAGCUGCGACAAAAAUGUAAGUGUUUUCAAGCAGCGUUAUGACGGGGAGCCGCUGUACUCGAGCUCCUUUUCUGAGUUGAGUGCUGCCCAUGGCGUACAGACCCAGCGGCUCAACCACCAGUGUGGCUUGUUGCUUAGCCCCAAAUUGGCUUCCUUCCAGGAUACUAAUCUGAACCAAGGUGAGACACAGACGGCAAGGGACUUCAUUGACGCAUGGUCCACUGCUGAGAGGGGUGGAGAUAGUGACAUAAAUGAAAUAUGCAACAGCAAGUGCCCUGUUUCUUCAAGAGGGAAGCUUCCACUUUCCUCCCUGACCCUCUCAAUGUGUGGUGGAGAUGGAAGCAAUGAAAAGAGCAGCCUCCAUGGUGAAUUGAGCCCUGGAGUGAUGGACUUAGAAAGAGAGAAUGGUGGGUGCUUCAAGUCUCAGCCUCUCAACUGGAUGAACCCUGUUCCAUGGAUGGCUUCCCCACCUGGUGGACCACUGGCUGAAGCCCUGUGCCUGGGCAUGGCAAGUACAGUGAAACCACCUUCCAACUCAGCAUCAGUUCAUGGUGGCAGCAGCAGUACCACCACCACUAGCAGCAGUAGCAGGAGCUCCUGUGGAGAUGGCAACCAAGGGCUUAAUUUGAUUAAUUGAAGGAGGGGGUUUAGGCCUCUCUACUGUUUGGUUGGACCAGUGCCACGACAAGCGACAAUUUUAGGAACCCUUUUUCUUUUUGGCUUUGUUUCUUUGUUCCUUCUCUUAAAAGAAACCUUUCUUUUGCUUUUGUUUUCACCCUUUCUCACCCUUUUAUUUGUGCACCAACCCCUUAAAGCAAAUGUUUUCUUCAAGGAAGAAUGAAAAUUUUACAAACUUCUCUUCUCAA